GCGCAUCAAAAGAAUCGCGCGCAAUUGCGCGUGGGCUCCGCUCUUUAUGGCACGAGCCGUACAGGUAUAAAACCAGGCGACGCACGACUCAGAAUGCAGAAAAUUGGAGAAGUCGAGACCCACCGAGCAAGAAGUGAAAUCAAGACCUCAUUCAAGGAAGUAUGCAUCCAAACAUGAAAAUGUGGAUCGGUUGGGCAGCGUGCGCCUUCCUCUUGUUCGCCUGCUUGGGAACUCUUACGGAAGGGUAUCCAACAAAACCCGACAACCCGGGAGAGGACGCACCUGCGGAGGAGCUCGCCAAGUAUUAUUCUGCAUUAAGACACUACAUCAACCUAAUAACAAGGCAGAGGUACGGCAAAAGGUCCAGCGCUGACACCUUAAUAUCAGACCUUCUGAUUGGUGAAACAGAGUCCCACCCCCAGACCAGAUAUGAGGACCAUUUGGUGUGGUGAUCUCAGCAAUUGUGUUAACGCAGUCAUGUCCAUGUGUCAUCCUGUUAUACAGUCACCAAAUCUCAUCAAAUUGAAAUCUUCUGUUUCAUCAAGAUCAGCAACUUGCUGUGAAGUACCACAGCCAUAAUCAGGAUAGUGAAAACACUGCAGAACAUUCAAAUAACACAUCAAAUCCUUAUGUCUGUACAUGUCUAUGUGAAAUGCAUACAUAUGGUUGCCUUGUUGACAUGUGCUGUCACUCACUGAAGGUCAGUCAGCCAUUCAACAAGACAAUUGUACAGAGACUUACUGUGUGUAUUCGUGUUGUGUCCAUUGUAAACCCAAAUAUAAAAAGAGAACAUUACUAACUGUACAGUAUAACAGUGCUAAUAAAGGUCACUAUAUUUGAAAGAGUC